CCCCCCGGCCCCGCAAUAGGGGUUUCGGCUCCGUCGGCUUCGGUCGCUUCUCCGGGCCGGACGAUGCGGCGGUGGAGGCAGCCGGGCUUGGCCAGGGCCCCCCCACGCCAUUCCCAACCGCGGAGCCGGUGCAGGAGCCCGCAGUGGAGGUGGAGCGCACGGCCGAGCAGCUGCCGCCUCCCCGGGGCUACACAGGUGCCCCUUGCUGGAUGAGGCUGGCGCUGCUGCUGCUGAGACCAGAAGCAACCAGCUGCUGCCUCCGGGUGUCCCCAUGCCAAGGCGGACUCUCAGUUAUGCCAUACCUGGAUAGGGUCCUCAGCAUGGCCUGCUCUCUGCCCUUGCUGUUCUACAGUCCCAAGAUGAUGUCCCGCAAGAAGGCAUUCCUCCUCCUCCUCCUGGCCUUCAGCACUGGCACCUUGCUGCUGCGCCAGAGCGCCCACCUUAGCUGGUUCCCAAAGUUGGCGUCUUUCAGGUGUGCUCCACUGCUGUCCUUACACCCCAAGCAUACUGCUGUGGCCUUCCUGAAGACCCACAAGACGGCCAGCAGCACUGUGCAGAACCUUCUCUUCCGCUUUGCCGAGCGGCACAAUCUGACGGUGGCGCUGCCCCAUCAUGCCUGCGACCAUCAGUUCUGCUAUCCCCGCAACUUCUCGAUCCGCUUCGUGCACCCCUAUACCCUCCCGCCUCGCUUCAUCGCCAACCACCUGCGAUUCAACCAAGCAGAGUUGCGUCGCAUCAUGCCCAAUGACACCAUCUACAUCACCAUCCUGCGUGAGCCGGUCACCAUGUUUGAGUCACUCUUCAGCUACUACAAUCAGUACUGCCCUGCCUUCAAGCGGGUGCCCAAUGGUUCCAUGGAGGUCUUCCUUGACAACCCCCACAGCUAUUACCAACCUCACGAGAAGUUUGCUAUGUUCGCCCAUAAUACAAUGGUGUAUGACUUGGGGGGUGACCCUGACCACAGCCCUGGUGACCCCAUGUACCUCCCGGCGUUCAUCCAGCAAAUGGAGAGCAUCUUUUCUCUGGUUAUGCUUGCAGAAUAUUUUGAUGAGUCAUUGGUCCUCCUCCGUCAUCUUCUGGCAUGGGACUUGGAUGAUAUCCUAUACGUCAAGAUGAACAUGCGCAGCCCAGAAUCCAAGUUCAACAUCACCUCCACCCGCUUGGCAGCCCAGAUCCGUGCUUGGAAUGCCCUCGAUGCCCGCCUGUAUGACCACUUCAAUGCAACCUUCUGGCGGAAGCUGAACGAGGUGGGCCUGGACUGUGUGCAGAGAGAGGUGCAUGCUCUCCAUCAGGCCUGUGAGCGCUUGGCACACCGCUGCUUUCGAGGCCAGCCCCAGCUGCGUCCUGCCAUGCAGAUCAAGAACAAAGAUCUCCGCCCCUGGCAACCCAGCGCUAAGGUAGACAUUGUGGGCUAUGAUCUGCCAGGCUCAGGACCUCCCUUAGAUGAACAGUGCCUCAAACUGGUCAUGCCUGAGAUACAGUAUUCCCGCUACCUGCUGCGGAAGCAGAGUCUGAGGAACCGACGAAGGGCUACCCUCCAUCGACCUCUUCCACCCCGGGGACUCCUGCGACCGGCCCGACAUCCACCUCCUAAAGUAGCCUGAACUCCCGUGUGGCAGCUAGAACACCGGGGAGGUUGCUGCUUUGACUCAUGCUGCAGCUAUGGAGGUGUGUUCCCUGAGGCCUGCCCUACAAGCUAGGGGGCUGUGGGAAAGCUUCCCAGCUUCUCUGUAUCAUGUGAGCUUUUGCAAUACUUAGUGUGGAACUUUUGGUUUCUAGAGCACAGGGUGGGGUGGGGAGAACAGGCUCUUAUAGUCUGGUUCAGUGGUGGGUCUUCUUGUGUACUUGGGACUGUAGGACACUUGACCCUGUUUUGCUCUAUACAAACUCAGGACCUAGAAAUCUGGAUGAGCGGGACUCUCCUCUGGAUGCGCUAAAACUGUGAACUGUGUUUCGCCAGGUGGGCUCUUUGAAAUCCAGCUGGGGGCUCCCAGUUUGGUUUGCUUUCUCCUGUACUUCUGGAGGGGAUGUUACUGGUUGUCCACAAAAACCCAAGCAACGAUGGCCCCCAUCCCUCAUGGUGGGAAAGUGGUAGCCUCCAUCUCCCCCUCUCUCGGAUGUCCCCUUCCUCUUUCUGAUCGUACACCUGGCUCUUAUCCUUGCCACCUCAACCUAUAGCUGA